CCCCGCGCUCGCACCCGCGCCCGCCGUGGGGGCCCUGCCGUCACCCUAGCCUGACUCCCCGCGAGGCGAGCGUGGAGACAGUGGAGGAGGCGCCCGAGAGCCGGGAGGAUGGAGGAGGCAUUUUACGUUCUGCAGCCAGUACAAGAAAUUGCUUAGCCUCUGGGAUGGAGUCCCCAAGACUAUAUAUGGUCCUCACUGUCAUCACUGAAGAUGUAGUUUAUGCUUUUCUGACUGGAUUUUCUCUCCAGGAGUGGACUUCUACUUCCGGAGCAAAUGAGUGUAAAGCUCUCACUUGCCCCCUCCUCCAACUGGCUCCUGAGAGCACAGCAUGUAGUUCCCAUUGUUUGACAGCCUUAGCCCAGCCCAGCUCUGCGGGGGGGGGGGCACAUCCACAGCCUUAGCCCAGCCCAGCCGCUCUGCCCUGGGGGGGGGCACAUCCACAGCCUUAACCCAGCCCAGCGGUUCUGCCCUGGGGGCGGGGGGCUGCAUCUACAGCUUUAGCCCAGCCCCAGCCUCAGCCCAGCGGCUCUGCCCUGAGAGGGGGGCACAUCCACAGCCUUAGCCCAGCCCAGCCGCUCUGCCCUGGGAGGGCCGCAUCCAAGUGUCACACCUGAUCGCUCUUAUGCCUCCUCUUUCAUUACUGCCACCCUGUCUCUCAUCCUGGGCAUAACCUGUGCGGUCUCUAUCUGCUUUAUAGCCAGUUCAUCUCAUUUGCCUCUGCCACCACCCGGUGAAUCUCCCUAGCCCAGUGUUGGGUCAAAUUACAACCCUAUUCAGAAACCACAGGCUCUGUCACUCAUCCGAAACCUACAGCCACCUUAUCUGUGCCUAUUCUUUCCCCUUACCCUCUCUCACCUUGGAUGGCAAGUAUCUUUCCACACAUCUUAGCCAGAGGCCUUUCUGCGCAGUUCAAGUUUCUGCUAAGAAUUGGAACUCCAUGAAGACUUGAGUUGUUCCUGACAGCUUGGAUAAAUUCCCAAUUGCAAGUUCCACCAGUGUCCCGUCUUUUCCAGAUUGACUUGCUCCACGUUAAGGUGCUAUACUGGAUCUCCCUGAGACCUCGCUUUGUCCGAAUGUCUCUAAAUUUCUACAUAUCCAUCCUUUCAUCAUCAUCCUUUCCCCCCAUUUGCAUUUUAUUGUCAACACCCAGACGUUUGAAGCCGCCCACAUGUAAGAUGGCAGACAUGUGGGGCCAUACGCUGUGACAGUCUACGAUGAGCUUGGUAGGAACUGCGGGGCUAGAUCCCUGCAUGCAUGUAGCUUUAGUGGCUUUGUGGCUGCCCAGUCCUCUGGCUUGUGAUUUCCUGUUUACCAACCAUGUCUCCCAUCACACCAAGGGCUUGGGAGCCAGGACUGGCAUGGCCUUAUUCUCUCUGUUGGCAGUGCCUGCACAGUGCCUCACACCCUGCUCAGCCAAGAUCUGCUAAAAGACAGAAGGGGGCGCCUCCUCUCACAUAGUUAGUUAUGAAUCUCCCCACACACACCCGCAAAAGGACUUCCUAAAUUGCUUCACCUACUUCCUGGGCCCUACAUAUUGCCCCAUGCUUCAAGUCCUGGAAAGCCCCUUCUUCUUGUUGCUUGGAAACCCCUAAGUGUCUAGAGGCCUAAAUCUGAAGCUGCUUCCCUUUGGACGGGGCAGUGAGACCACACCACACACAUCUGACCUCAGGCAUGCUUACAGACACAGCUGGAAUGAAGGAAGGUUGCUCAGGGUCUGGACAAGUUUCUGGCUGACAGACUCCUGGCUUCUUCUUGGUUAUAGGAUUCCUCGCUUCUCUAGGGUGUACAUGGCUUCAUGUAAGCAAGAGCCUGAAGAAAUGGAGACUUCCAAGCUCAUGCUUCCUCCUAGGACCUUUCCCUCAGCCACAGAUACAAAAUCACCAGUCCUGAAAUGUCCCAUCCACAGUCUCAUUAGGGGGUGUCUGGAAUAUGACAAACAUUUUUUAAAAAAAAUUAAUGACUUACUUUGUGUGGAAGUGUUGUGUAUUAGUGUGAACAUGCCAUGACACAUGUUUGGAGGGCAGAGGACAACCUGUGGGAGUCUGGUCUCGCUUCAUCAUGUGAGUCUGAGGGAUUGAACUUAGGUCAUCAGGCUUGGUGGCAAGAGCACCUUUACCUACUGAGAUAUCUCGCUGGCCCUGGACACUUCCUUUCUCGACCUGCGUGGUAGGUAGUUUCCAAAUAUUUGCUUGGGAGUCAGGACUUCCAAGUUAGAAUUCAUUAAGCUGCACAUUUUUAUUCCGUGUACUUUGCUGAAUAUAUGUUGUAUUCAAUUUAAGAAGGCAAGAAAGGAAGGGAGAGACAGAGAGACAGAGACGGAGACGGAGACAGAGAGAGGAAGGAAACAGCGCAUUCUUUCCUGACUCCAAGCCCCUAGUCCAGCCAGUCGCAUUGAACAAGCACCCGCCUGCAGCUGCCUCUGCUGAACUGUUGGGUGCCGGUGCCCCGGCCCCACCUCUGAAUUGUCAUUUUGAUGCGGAGCCUGGAGGCCCAAGAAGGAGUGUGACUCAAACUAGGACUGAAAGUAAGGGUGGGGCUCAGUCGAGCUGGACGUUUUACUUAGGGAACCGUGUGAGCAAACAUUGCUGAGUGGAACUGCGCUAGGUGCUUGGGUCUGAAGCAGCAAAAAUGCCCUGCUAUUGGAUAUGGGGAGACACUUGGAAGUAUGUCUGGUUUAGAGGCCCUGAUUUGCUGCCAUAACCUCAAAUAUCAUUAGGACAGAUAUUACUUUCAGGGAAGUAGAAUACAGGACUCUGGGUUUUUGUGCAAAAGCUGACAUGAGGUUUUCUCAGUUUGGUUUGUUGUUUUGCUUAAAUCAGAAGCCCAUAUGAACUCACAAUUCCUAUCCAAGACAGGCAGGAAGUUACAUCUGCCAGACACAUGACAUGGCACCCGAGUUCCUGCAGAUGAACGGCAGGCCACCCGAGUUCCUGCAGACGCAUGGCAUGGCACCUGAAUUCCUGCAGGUGCAUGGAGUGGCACCCGAGUUCCUGCAGACGCAUGGCAGGCCACCCGAGUUCCUGCAGAUGCAUGGCAGGGCACUCGAGUUCCUGCACACACAUGGGGUGGCACCUGAAUUCCUGCAGACACAUUGGCUCUAGCCCUGAAUUUCAGCUCAGCCCACUGUGCAGACACUUCCAAGGCCAGCAUCAAUGAACACAGUAGAAGCUGGUGCACACGGAGGGCCCCAAGAACCGUGAACUGCAGCAACGGCAGGGAGCUGUGAUGAGCUACAAGGCGAUCCACUCCCACCCCCAGCCUGGGACCUUGGAAUUCAGAACUCUGCCCACCAUCACCGAGCUGUGCCUGUGUCUGGACUACGAAUGAGGGCGCUGUGAAAUGUUCGAAGAGUCCCUGAACUGAAGCCACGGCUACAAAGUUUACAAAUUGAGAGCCAAAUCGGAUCUAGCUCCUUUACACCCAAAGAGGAACUGUGAUGAGGGGUGACACCCAAAACCAAGGAGAGGUCAUAGCAGCAGUGUGCUGGUGACAGUCACCAUCCAGGAAGAUGGACUCUGCCCAUCCCUGUGACCAGUCUUCUCUUCUUUCAUUUAAGCAAUGGCCCCCGGAUGUGGAUGCUGUUAUAGUCCCAUUAUACCCACAAUGAAACUGGGUGCAGGGGGACCUGAAGCGCUUUAGAAAAUCGCAUGCAUGGUCAGUGCAAAGCUGGGCAUUCAGGCAACCCUGCUGGGGAGCCUGCACAGUGGAAGUUGUAUGGACACCGAGAGGGGCCUCCAUCAUGAAAGGGAACCCAGCAGCCCCACGAUAGGAGUGACUGGCUUAAAGACCAUCUGGUGGAUUUUGAUUGGACUGCGUUCUCCUUAAACAGCCUUCAAAUUUGGCUCCACAGGCUUCAAGAAAAGAGGCCAUGACCCGCCAGCAUGGUGGCUGUAGUUUGCAUUAGUAAAUGAAUAAACUAGCUGCUUGGGUCUAUACACGGGUCUGUUAAGGGGAGCCCACUCCAGAAUCAGGCCCACCCUGUACCAACUUAAUUGAGAUUCUGAGUGUUGCAAGUGCCGGCUCCAGCCCCGGUGCCAAGGAGCUCUCUCCUGGACUCCUCUCGGCAGAACUGGCCAGCCUUCCUAAGGGACGGCCUAGCUGUGAAUUUGAGCUGCUUGGUCAGAUGGCCAGGGUCAUCUGGACAGAAGGCUAUGACGGUGCCAGGUUCCAGUGUGUGUUCCAAGUUCCACAUUCUGUAGCAGACUCCAGGCGCCAGACCAAAGGCGGCUCCUAGCAGGGAACCGGGAUGACAUGGAACAUUAGGAGCACUCUGGAAACUGCUCUGAAUCGAAGCCACCAAAGGGUCCACGAGCUCUCCCUCUCCCCGCGUCCUGAGAGCAGCCAUGGCCCUGAGUGACACGGAUGUGCAGAAGCAGAUCAAGCACAUGAUGGCUUUUAUUGAACAAGAAGCCAACGAGAAGGCCGAGGAGAUCGACGCCAAGGCGGAGGAGGAGUUUAACAUUGAGAAAGGCCGCCUCGUGCAAACCCAGCGACUAAAGAUCAUGGAUUACUAUGAGAAGAAGGAGAAGCAGAUAGAACAGCAGAAAAAAAUCCACCUGUCCACCAUGAGAAAUCAGGCACGGAUCACAGUCCUGAGAGCCCGAGACAACCUCAUCUUGGAACUGCUCAUGGAUGCGAAGAUGAGACUCAGUACAAUCGUGCUGGAUCCGGAUAUCUAUCAGGAGCUGCUGGACAAGCUCGUGCUCCAAGCCUUUCUCCGGCUCCUGGAGCCUGCGAUGAUCGUCCGCUGCAGGCCACAGGACCUCCACCUGGUGGAGGCUGCCGUGCAAAGGGCCCUCCCUCAGUACGUGAUGCUCUGCCAGAAGCGUUUAGAGGUCCAGGUUGAUCAUGAGGCAUACUUGUCUCCAAAUGCCGCUGGCGGGGUGGAGGUCUAUAGCAGCGAUCAGAAAAUAAAGGUUUCCAAUACCCUGGAAAGUCGGCUGACUCUCGCGGCCCUGGAAAAGAUGCCAGAGAUACGAAGGGCUUUGUUUGGAGGUAAUGCCAAUAGGAAGUUCUUUACAUAAAGCGCCGGAAAUGGAAGCUUGGGCUGAACAGCAAAGUCAAAAAUCGUCUUAAGUCAUUUGGACAAAGGGAACUGGGGUGGGGGGAUGCGUCUGCCUCUUUGGAAGCUCUGGUGUUGAUUCCUAGCUUUGAAUAGCUA